CAUCCCAAAAAACAGAGGAUCUAGAAGACCGGAAAAAAACAGAGCAUCGAUCGUCUACUUCAAGUCAGGCCACGUGGAAUAACAGGUCAACGUCUCCGGACAAAAGCCUUUCCGUUACCUACCAGCAACCGAAACGGCGGUGCACGGAGAACCCCAACACCAACACCGCUUUUUCUAACCGACACCUCUCUCUCUCUCUCUCUGUGUCUCUCUACAUACCGCAAAACCCCAACCGCCCUCGUAUUACACGUCUCCCCCCUCCAAAGUCCAAACCCCCAUCUCUCUCUCUUUCUCUCUCCGGUCUCUACCGUUUCUCUCUCUCCAUAACUAUCAGUCCACCGGAUUUUGACUCCCACGGCUUAGAUCUCUCUCUCUCCCUGGAAUGGCGGUGGCUUCAGCGGACGCUACGAAGACCGAAACCGUGCAAUCGGUGGAAUCAUCGCCUUCCAGACGAGCCUCCGACGCGGCCUCUGACUCCUCGUCUGGUGGACUGUCAUACAACGCCGCCGAUCCGCCCAAUUCCUCGCCCAACUAUUCCAGAGAAUUUGAAAUUCAGGUUUCUCCGAAGAGUGAGGAGUAUCGGAAUCUUUUUCGUCUUCCGCCAGACGAAGUCCUUCUUCAAGAUUUUAAUUGUGCUUUGCAAGAGAAUUUUCUUCUUCAGGGGCAUAUGUACGUGUUUAGCCAACAUAUUUGCUUUUAUUCCAAUCUCUUUGGAUUCGAGACAAAGAAAAUAAUCCCAUUCAAUGAAGUCACAGCUGUACGAAGAGCAAAGGCUGCAGGAAUAUUUCCUACUGCCAUUGAAAUUAUUGCUGGAGGAAGGAAGUAUUUUUUUACAUCUUUUCUCUCCCGUGAUGAAGCCUUUAAGCUCAUUUGGGAUGGUUGGUGUCAAUAUGGUAAUGGAAGUAAAGAAUGCACUGAUUCACUGGAUUCAAAGUCGGAGCUCAACAUUGAAGAGAAUGGAGAACUUGGGACUGAAAAGGCCAUGGGCUCCAAACAUUUGGAGUAUGAGUCAGAUUCCAGUAAAAGGCAAAGAGACAUCCCUGUACUUGAAGAUCCUAAACUUCCACUAGAAGGUGAAGAUGGAAUUGUAUCAUCUUUAGGCGUGCAAGAUAAUGUAGAAGAGGAUGCAGAACCGGCUGUAAAUAAUGAUUCUUCUUCCUCUCGAAAGAGUUUGGCAUGGGUUGAGGAAAACUCUGAUGCUCCUAAAGUACCUGAUUGUUUUACGAAGGUGGCAGAAUCGAAGUUUCCGAUCAGGGUAGAGGAGUUUUUUAAUCUAUUUUUUUCGGAUGACGCGGUUGAUUUCCUGGAAUCCUUUCAUAGAUCAUGUGGAGAUAAAGAUUUUAGGUGCAGCUCAUGGUACCCUCACGACAACUUUGGGCAUGCUCGUGAUACGUCAUUUAAACAUCCAAUUAAACUUUACCUUGGUGCAAAGUUUGGCAGCUGCCAGGAGGUUCAGAAAUUUCGAGUUUAUAGAAACAGUCAUUUGGUUAUUGAAACUUCACAAGAAGUCAAUGAUGUACCGUAUGGCGAUUACUUCCGCGUUGAGGGGCUUUGGGAUGUUGAGAGACAUGGUGAUGGCCCAGCAAUGAGCUGCAUUGUGAGGAUAUAUGCGAAUGUGGCAUUUUCCAAGAAAACCAUGUGGAAAGGGAAGAUAGUGCAGAAUACGUUGGAUGAGACUCGAGAUGCUUAUGCCAUUUGGAUUAAAAAUGCACAUGAACUGUUGAAACAAAAGAACCUUGAGAAGGAAGAAAGAGGUUCUGUGGCUGACUUCAUUAUUAAGGGUCAAGUUCAUGAAGACGGGGAAGCAGAAACUGUGGCAGUACGGUCACAGGGGACAAGUGAAGUAAGAAUGCCACAGAUAUCAUUAGACUCCGUUGAUGAGAAGGAACGAGUCGGUGAUCCCUUGCGAGUGACUUUAAAUGUUGUUACUUCGGUUGCAUCUUUAUUUAGAGAAGCUGUGGUGAAUUUCUCUAGUUCUUUGAAAUCUCAAAGCCAAGUUACAGUCCUCCUAGUGAUGGCGUUUGCUGUAAUUCUUCUUCUGAUGCAGCUAAGCAUAGUCGUGCUAUUAACUAGACCUCAACAGAUCCAGUUGAUAACUCAAGCAGAUUAUACUGGUGCCAGCAGUGGUGUAAUUGCACAAACACCUGAAACGAUGAUGGCUUGGCUGGAGAAGCGGAUUCACCAUCUAAAGGAUGAGAUGCUCACGAUUGAGACUCUUCUAGAAAAGAUGCAGCACGAGCACACUUUUUUGAAAGCGCAAUUGAACGAUCUAGAGCACUUUAGAAAGCAGCGAAGAUGAUAGGUAACUGUACAUAUGAUCAUUCUUCAGUUUGCUGAUAAACGUUUGUUUGCUUCUUUCUUAUUUCACUCUAUCUUUGUAUAUCUAAAGAAUGUAAUCCAAUCAAAAAGAUAGGAAAAGGCGCAUGUAGACCCUGAAUUUCAGCUUUUCACAAUUCGUUCAGAACAUCGUUGGUGGCCUGGGCUUAAUAUAUGGUUAACAUACAAAGUUUAAAUUGAUUA